UAAGAAGUUUAUUCAUAAAAGGAUUUCCAUAGAGCACAACUGCAUACUGAGAAGAAUGAUAAAAUAUGCAGAUCUAUUCAAGAAUUUAGGAGAAUUAAAAGCUCAGAAGGUCUUUUUAGAAGGAAAAAUGAAAGCUAACGCACAUACUUAUGACUGAAACCUCUCCUGUAUUCAAGCUGACGCACACACCCCGAGCUGAUCUAUGUCCAGCGUGGCGCAUGAAAGAGCGGAUUGUUUCUGAAAUUCGGCAGUGAUUCCUCCAGCGCAGGAGGCGGCUCUGAGGAUGGGAAUUCCCGGCCCCGCCGCACCGGCAGCGCCCGGGCCGCCCUGCCAUGGCCAAAGAUGGCGGCGGCGGCGCGGCUCCGGCACCGCCCGGCGGGCGGGCGCUUCCGCCGGGGCCGGGGGCGCGGCGGCUCCUCCGCGGCUCCUCCGCGGCUCGGCGGAGGCCCGGGCGGGGGCCAUGGGCACGGCGGCGGGCGCGGGCGCCCUGCGGCUGCCCGGGCUGCACGGGUACGCCGUGGAGUUCUCGCCAUACUGCCCGGGGCGCGUGGCCUGCGCCGCCGCGCAGUACUACGGCAUGGCAGGUUGUGGAACUCUGGCAGUGCUGGAACAAAACGAAGCUGGGAUUGUUCUGCUCAGGAGUUUUGACUGGAAUGAUGGCCUGUUUGAUGUGACCUGGAGUGAGAAUAAUGAAAAUGUGUUGAUCACUUGUAGUGGAGAUGGAUCUCUGCAAAUCUGGGAUAUGGCUAAAACCAAAGGUCCACUGCAAGUCUAUAAAGAGCACACUCUGGAGGCAUACAGUGUUGACUGGAGCCAAACUAGAGGAGAGCAGCUAGUGGUGUCUGGCUCAUGGGAUCAAACAGCCAAGCUGUGGGAUCCAGCUGUGGGGAAGUCAUUAUGCACUUUUAAAGGCCAUGAGGGGGUCAUUUACAGCACGAUAUGGUCUCCACACAUCCCAGGUUGUUUUGCAUCUGCCUCAGGUGAUCAGACUUUGAGAAUUUGGGAUGUGAAAACCCCAGGAGUCAAACUUGUGAUACCAGCCCACCAGGCUGAGGUCUUGAGCUGUGACUGGUGCAAAUAUGAUGAGAACUUGCUGGUAACUGGUGCAGUUGACUGUAGCUUGAAAGGCUGGGAUUUGAGGAACAUCCGGCAACCAGUGUUUGUGUUGCUUGGUCACACCUAUGCCAUCAGAAGAGUAAAAUUUUCACCAUUCCAUGCAACCAUAUUGGCCUCUUGCUCCUAUGAUUUUACUGUAAGAUUCUGGGACUUUUCCAAGCCUAAUCCUUUGCUGGAAACAGUUGAACAUCAUACUGAAUUUACAUGUGGUCUCGAUUUAAGUCUUCACAAGCGUGGUCAGGUGGUGGACUGUGCUUGGGACGAACUAGUCAAGAUCUAUACUCCAUCAUGUCUGGCAGUUCCUGUUUAGAAGAGAAGAUGAUCUGAUACACCAGGAACCUUUCUCUCUUCCCCUACGACCAGCAUUGUGCUAAAUUGUCAACAGUGUCACUAAUCUCAGCAUCUCUUUAUAAGUAAAACUGCUUGAAUGGAGUGUUGUGCACUUGAACAUGUGGAGACUUUAGGGCUUGGUUUGCUGUACAGUAGUACUUGAACUAGCAAAAUGUUCCACAGCUACUCAGUGGCUGAAGAGUGGCCAUAGCAGAUAUCAGUGGUGUCUUCAGAGCUGAAUCACCAAAACAAAUUUGUGAUUUGUCUGGUUAACGAUGAGAGCAGAAUCUUCUUGUUCCUUAUAAAGAUUAAAAGUAACGGGCAGUAUAUGUUGAGAUGUCACUGUAGUAAAGAAAAGAAAGGAAAAGAAAGGAAAUGAAAGGAAAACAAAAUAAAGGCUUUUUACUAUAAAGUACUGUAAUGUCAACUGAAGUUUGUAUCACCCAGAUGGCAUUUAUGUUUUGCUGUGAGUCACGUUGCAUUAUUUUCUUUUGCAAUAGGAUGCAUUUACUCUUGAUUGACAGUAAAUGUCAUAGUUUAUAGCCAGCUGAUUUGUUUGACCUUUUUGAUUGCUGCUUCUCAAAGAUGGUAAAGAUUAUUUUCAUAUAUUUUUCCUUUAGAUCUUUUUGAGUAAAACAGUUGAUGAGGUUAUGUAGAAAGAUGCUCUGAUAAUAGAGAAAAUGGUUAUGAAAAAAUUAAAUAUAUACAAAACUAAUUAGAUCACAAUCCUCAAGAUGUAGAGAUAGGGCAACCAUCUCUUCUAUUAGACUUGUCUUCUAUUUUCACUUAGAAAAUUUUUCCAAGAAGUAGGAGAGGAAUGUGGCCGUAUAUCCCGUGUUUCUGGACCUCUGAUGUCCAGACCGAUUGACCUAUAUACAUGCAGAUUAAUUACGUGAUAUAUGCAUAGCAGAUCCAGCAUGGCCAAACUAUUGCAGUCACUACAAUAUGCACAACAUGUUCUAGGUAUGUUGAAUACUUUGCAUUCUCAGUUUGACCCCUCAGCCCACAUGCUGGUACUUCCAUCUAAGUUUUCUGGGACAAGUAGAGAUGUUCAGAUGUUAUGUUUCUCCAAACACCUCUGAAUAGUGUUUUAGGAUCAAACUGUGAUAGUACUGCAGCACUCAUUGGUACAUGUUAGCCUUCUCUCCUGGUUUCCUGCUAGCCAUUUUUUUACCUUCUCAAAACUGUCUCCUUUCUGCUGUUAGACCAUCUCAACUACCACUACCACCAAAAGAUUCUUUGCAGGUUGGGUCUUUGCAGAUCUCUGGUCAGAUUUGCAUAGUGUGCUGUUAAUAAAUGCUCUACCCUUCUGGGUUGCAGCACUCAACCAAUAGCAGGCACUGCCAGAUCUGCUGGAUGCUUUGAAGCCAUGAAGGAAAGAAUUCAGCUGAGCUAAGACCUGCAAGUUGCAAGGAAAGAACGACUGUUUUAUCUUGGCGAAAGAGCCAGGGAACUAAGAGAUAGCCACAAGGAGACAUGCAUAAGUGAUGUGGUAUAUAGGGCUGGACAGGAAGAAACUUGCUUCUACAACAUGAUAAUUUGGAUCCCAGUUGGAUCUUGUAUUUUUCUUGGUCAAAUGCAAACUGCUCCCAGACUGACAUCUUUUUGAGCUGAAUUAAUAACAAAAAAUAUGUUUUAUCUUUUUUUAUGACAGUGUGCUGUACCAAAUCCCAAACGUUUACUGCACUUUAAUUCUGUGUGCUGAGGAAUAAUGCAAAAUAAAGCUGUGCUGCAUGCAGCUUUCAGCAGUACCAUGGGCCAUAAAAUCUAAUUUUAGGCAUUAAAAUUGAUUAUUUCAACUUCAAUAGUUCCUCCACUCUUCUGUUUUAUCUCCCUUUUCUGCUUCGAUUACAAGUUGCUUGUCUGAGUGGAACAUUUUGAUGGCAGGUGUGCAUUUUAUUUGCAUGUUUCUGGGAGGACAGAGAGAGUGGGUUAUUCCAGAAUGCUGCCAUAGCCUAUCAGCUGGAAGGUAGAAUUUAGAAAACCUAGCACAGGGGAAAAAAUUAGGAAUUCUGAACAUGCACACUCAGCACAUGAAUUAAAUCUUUCCUCAACUGCCUUCUCUCCCCUCAUGUCCUGGUUAGCUUCAGUGCUGAGGGUUGCUGGAUCCGGAUUUAAUUUUCUUGAAAGAUGAGCACAUCCAGAAGAUGCACAUAGUAAAUAAAAACUGUGGCCUUUAAUCUUCCUGUGUGAUCUUUGAAUGGUGAGAAUGUGCUGUAAUAUUUCUGCACUGUAAUGGAAAAAACAAUUUGGCAAUAGUUGUUGCUGAUUCUUAAUUCUCAGGGAAUAUUUGCUGUAGUUGUUUUGAAAAAAUACUUCCUAUUUUAUGACCAAAAUACUAGCUUCCAAUCUUUUAUUUCAUUUACUGAAACAGUUAACAACAACAGUCUAAAAGAUGUAAUGUGUUCUACUUUCAAACUUGCUCCUGUGAACAAUUUUGUUUUAUUUAAGUCUGGAUUUCUCUUUGGUUCAAGAAACAUAGUGAUUAAUCAAGUUCUAAAGGUGUGGAUUUGUUGUUCUGUAAUGCUAUUAAAUUAAUUGCACACAGUA